AUCGCGGAAGUGCGCGCGGAGGGUCGCUCUGUGUUUAUCAGUUGUUCUCAGUGUCGAGUGACCCGUAAACAGCAGCAAACACCAUAACCAGCUAACUGUAACACUUAUACUAGUACAACCGACAAACAAACAUUCGUUAUGAGCGUUUAACCCACCACAGAUCCUCCUUAAUAUUCCACGCUGCAGCUUUGAGUGUGUGUGAGCUUCCGCUGAUGAAGAGUCGUGAGGAUGACUGUGGUGUGGCUGCUGGACUGUGUGUGCCACAGACCGGGGUGUGUGACCGUCGCCCUCUGCUGGUCCCCGCGGACGAACCCCUUCUAUAGACCGCCGCUCAGGAGGUUCUGGUUCUGCCGGGUCGGGUCACACACAAACACCUGUGCCUUCAGCACGUCUCCGCGGCAGGAGUCGGCGGAUCUGAGGCGUCGCUCGUCCCGUCUGCGUGCCGCUCUGGACUCGCUUCGGAAAGCAGUGCGCGGGACGCGAGCGGAGAUUUUGUCCCGACUCAAAGCGGUGAAAGUGAACUCAACACCGCCUCUUUUAUUACAGGCCCCGCCCUCUGCACCCCAGACUCCGCCCUAUACACACAAUGCCCCGCCCACUGCAUCUGAAGCCCCACCCCCUGCACUUGCUGCUACGCCAACUAAGAUUCAAGAACAGAAAGAGCACGGCGUGACCAAAACAGCCCCGCCCACUGCACCUCAGGCUCCGCCCUCCACCUACAAUGCCCCGCCCACUGUCACUCAGGAUCCGCCCUCCACACACAAGGCCCCACCCACUGCACCUCAGGCUUCACCCUCCGAACUUGCUCCUAAAGCAAUUAAGAUCCAAGAACAGGAGCAUGAAGUGACUGCAACAUCCCCGCCCACUGCACUCCAAACCCCGCCUUCCACACAAAAGGGCCCGACCACAGCACUCCAGGCUCCGCCCUCCACAUACAAGGUCACACCCAUUGCACUCCAAGCCACGCCUUCCACACAUAAGGCCACACCCACUGCAGAUCAGGCUCCACCUUCUUGUGUUUCUCCUGCAACUAAGAAUCAAGUACAUGAAGCAGCCCCGCCCACUACACCUCAGGCCCCGCCCACCUCUCAAUCCACACCCCUGUUCCACCCGUGGUCUCUCAGCACUCAUCUGGGCGAGACCUACGACUACCUGUCCCACCACAUCAACUCUUACUUCAGAGGCGUCACUAAACCUGAUCGAGCCGUCGCUCCGCCCCCGCCCUCGCGCCCGGAAACCCCGCCGUUCUCUCUCGGCAACUACAUCACGACAUCAGCGCCGAGCGUACAGGCCUUCGUGGGGACCUACAUCAGCCCGCUGGUGCCCCGCUUCCGCUCGGAGGCCAGGAGAGUGUCGACGGAGGCGGAUAAAGCGGACGGAGCGUCCGAGAGCCGAGAGCGGAGCGAUGAGGAGGAGAGAGCCCGACGCCUGCGGAUCCAGAGAGAGAAGAUCGUGGCGCGGGUGAGUGUGGAUAACCGGACCCGGGCUCUGGUUCAGGCCCUCCAGCGGGCGUCGGACGAGCCGGGUCUCUGUGUCCGGCGGGUGGAGGAGCUCAAUCUGCAUCUGCUGGAGUUCCCGGAGACGCGGGCCGCGGCCGUCAAGGAGCAGGCGGUGCCGGUUCUGCUGCGUCUGCUCCGGGCCGCUGACGGCUCUCUGAAGGCCCCGCUCCGGCUGGCUCUGGCUCUGCUGGGCUUCGUCCAGCCCGUGAGGAACCGUGGAGUCCGGAUCCUGGCCAUCGACGGCGGCGGAACCAGGGGUCUGCUGGCUCUUCAGACGCUGCGCCGGUUGCAGGAGCUGACGGGGAAACCCAUUCACCAGCUGUUCGACUACAUCUGUGGCGUCAGUACAGGUGCGAUAUUAGGCUUCAUGCUGGGUGUGCUGCAGCUGCCUCUAGAGGAGUGUGAGGAACUCUACCGGACGCUGAGCUCUGACGUCUUCAAGCAGAACGUGAUCGUGGGAACCGUGAAGAUGAGCUGGAGUCACGCCUUCUACGACAGCCAGAUCUGGGAGAAAGUGCUCAAGGAGAAGAUCGGCUCGGAUCUGCUGAUCCAGACCGCCAGGAACCCAGACUGUCCGAAGGUGGCGGCGGUGAGUACAGUAGUGAACCACGGUCCCCCAGUGAAGGCGUAUGUGUUCAGGAACUACACGCUGCCGGUCGGGGCUCUGUCUCAUUACCGCGGCGGCUGCCGGCACCGGCUCUGGGAGGCGAUCCGGGCGUCUUCUGCUGCUCCCGGAUACUUCCAGGAGUUCGCUCUGGGUCACGACCUGCACCAGGACGGUGGGAUGCUGAUCAACAACCCCACGGCUCUGGCCAUCCACGAGUGCCAGUGUCUGUGGCCGGACGUCCCGCUGCAGUGUGUGGUGUCUCUGGGAACCGGCCGCUUCGAGAGCGCCAGCGGCAGCAACAGCGUCUCCUUCACCAGCCUGAAGACCAAACUCAACAACGUCAUCAGCAGCGCCACCAACACCGAGGAAGUGCACACUAUGCUGGACGCUCUGCUGCCGCCCAACACGUACUUCCGCUUGAACCCGUUCCUGAGCGAGGACGUGUCUCUAGACGAGAGCCGGCACGAGAAGCUGUGUCAGCUGCAGAGCGAGGCGCAGGAGUAUCUGCAGAGGAACCAGGAGAAGCUGAGCCGAGCCGUGGGCGAGCUGACCCGAGAGAAGACACUCGUGCAGACGCUGAGGGAACGACUGAAGCUCACAGCGCUCCUGUACGGCCUGUAGCCACGCUGAACCUACCCGAUGAUGUUUCUGCGAGCGAAUCGAGCUUCGUGUGAGGACUCCGGGUCGGAUGAUGACGAGUGGCUGCGGUUCAGCUUGUGGAAUUAUCCAGCAGAUUAUUGAGGUGUUCAUGGGACAAUCUCUUAUGUUUUGUUGAUCAUCAGUGUUUCAUGUUGUGACCUACAGCCAUAUCUUGUACUGACGGUUAGAUCAGAACAUGUAAGUGAAAGGGAUUUUGAGAAUCAGGACCAUGCAGGCCGUGGUGAUGUCCUGUGGGGUUUAACGGUUCCCUGUUUAGCUUUAUAAGGACUGCCGGGUCUUGAAGUCUUCCCUGUGUUCAUGGAAAGACAGGAGUUGUACUAUUGUUGGCAUUAACAAUUUACCAUUUAUUUAAGAUUUAUUUAUUUACAAUUUUAUUUAUUAAUUUUUUGAGAGAAAAUUUUCUUGUGAAGAGACUGAACUGACCAGGUUUUCUGGAUUCGCUCCUGCUGUCGCUGUCUGAGGGCCGUGUGGUGAAGGCGUGGUGCAAGUACUCCAGACAGACAGACAGAGAUUAUUGAGAAACGGCCACAACAACAACAAUAAAAACCAUCUCGAUUCAUUGCACAAACCUUUUUGGGGCUUAAAAAUGCAAAAAAGUGAAACCACCCUCCGGAAAUCUUUAAAGCGCUCCCCCGCCGCGCUCCCGUGUAAACGGUAAAAACGCGAAGGUCUGCUUGACAGUGAAGGUUACGCAGGCGCGCGGGCUCGGUGUUGCUGUAGUAUGCACGCUUAGCCGCCUGGAGUGCACACUACAGUGAAUUUCACACAGUUUUGCGUCACCAUCUGCACGCGGAUUUCCCACCCAAAACGCUCGUCUAAACGCAGAAUAAAAAGUGAUGACGCAACGCCACUUUAGCGUUUUCUCUUCAGAAUCGUUUCUGUGUAAACACAGCCUUAGAGAUUGCUCUUUUAUUCAUUCAUUGGUAGGCCUAAAUCAUUAAUCAACUAUUACCAAAAUCUCCUGGAAUACUUUGCUAAUAAUAAUAACAGCGGUCAAAGACAAUAAUUAAAAAGUGAAAUAAUAAUGCUGAUAAUAAUAUGGGAAUGCAAGCAGUUAAUUUACUUAAUCUAGUUUUUUUGUUUGUUUGUUUUCUUCAUCGGAAUCGUACGAAACUUGCCCUGCGUCUCAAUGUCUUUACUAUCCAUCAUCAACGUAUGUGAGAUUGUAUGAGAUCAUAAAACAUGAACAUAAUUCGAAAAGGUUGAAUAGUCCUGACUCCUGAAAGAAAUAGUCGGUCCCUUUCUUUCCCCGUCUCUGGCUAUGGUCAGUCCACUCCGCGUGCAUUAAAAAUUAAUGGGAAAGGAAUUUCAUCAAGUGGAAAUGUUUGGUAUUGCGCCCAAACAAAAUCUUACUGAAGAGUUUUUUUUGUUUUUUUGUUUUUUGAGAUAUCAAAUUCAAAUUUCAAAUUUGUAACACAACUUGUAGAUUUAUGGUAAUGGCUUUGAUUUGCUCGUAAUUUUAGAGUAAAACUUGUUUUGAAAAAUAUAUAGCCUAUAUCAUAUAAAAAUUGCAUAUAUCAUUAGGCCUAUUGUGCAUUUUUCAUAAAAAAUAAACCCCACUUUGAAAAACGA